AUGGGAUCAAAGAAGGAUUUUGCGGUGAAUGUUUUGUCUCAAUGGUUGAAGAAAAAAUCAAUGAAAGUGAAGAUCUCUUUAGGGAUAUUGCUUGCUUUAUGUGCAUUGUUGGUUCUAAAUUUUACUAUCAGAGAUCCAAGAUAUUUCUUCAGAGCCUCUGCAACAAUCCAUAUUGUUGGUCUUAUUACUCUCAUAUACAAACUCUUUGCUCACAAAACGUGCUCUGGUUUAUCACUUAAGAGUCAAGAGCUCACAGCUGUAUUUCUAACAACAAGAAUUGGUUGUAGUGCUUACUUGCAUGCUAACGUACACACUGUGUUGGACAUAAUACUUCUCUUGUUGACAUUGUUGGUUAUUUGGUUGAUACGAUUCAAGCUGAAGUCUUCCUAUAUCAAGGAGAUUGACAACAUGUGGUUAUCAUUUUUGGUGAUGCUUUCUAUAAUUGUGGGUAUAGUAAUACAUCCAUAUACAAGUCAUACAUUAGUUGGAGUUAUAUGGGCAUUCUCUACGUAUUUGGAAUCUAUUUCAAUACUUCCUCAACUUCGUUAUAUGCAAAAUGCAAAGAUGGUUGAAACAUUCACAGGAUAUUAUGUAUUUGCACUUGGUGUCUCAAGAUUCUUUUCCUUGGCUUUUUGGAUUAUUCAUACUUAUGAGACUCGAGGGCAAUACCUAUUCUUUUGGGGCCAUGGCUAUUUUUGGAUGCUUGCGGUUUUUAUAUCAGAGAUAGUUCAGUCUUUUAUCCUGGCAGACUUUUGUUACUAUUAUAUAAAGAGCUUCAUGAAAGGGAAACUUUUGAAGAAGAUGCCGGUUUAA